GUCGUCUCACCAGCAACGACCAUCCGCUAGCUAGUUUAGCAUCCGCCUGGAUGAGCGGCUAAACUACAGAGACACCGACACAUCUGUUCGUCUCUCUCUGGUUAUGUGUUCCUCCUAAAUUCAUUGAAGUCAACAGUCGUCCGAGUAAUAAACCCGGAGCCCCGGUCGAAGAUGCAGUUCAUGCUGUUGUUCAGCCGGCAGGGAAAGCUGCGGCUCCAGAAAUGGUACGUGCCCCUGCCCGACAAGGAGAGGAAGAAGAUCUCCAGGGACCUGGUCCAAACCAUACUAGCCCGGAAGCCCAAGAUGUGCAGCUUCUUGGAGUGGAGGGACCUCAAGAUUGUGUACAAGAGAUACGCGAGCCUGUAUUUCUGCUGCGCAGUCGAGAACCAGGAUAAUGAGCUGAUCACCCUGGAGAUCAUCCACAGAUAUGUGGAGCUGCUGGACAAAUAUUUUGGCAGUGUGUGCGAGUUGGAUAUUAUCUUCAACUUUGAGAAGGCCUACUUCAUCCUGGAUGAGUUCCUGCUGGGUGGAGAGGCCCAGGAGACUUCCAAGAAGAACGUGCUGAAGGCCAUCGAGCAGGCCGACCUGCUGCAGGAGGAGGCCGAGGCACCACGGAGCGUUUUGGAGGAAAUUGGGCUGACAUAGAUCAUCAUGCUCUUUCUCCCGGCUGCAGAUCUGGAAACCCUCCACGUCACUAUCCCGCCUUCUUCUGUUGUCCCCUGCGUCAUUGUUGUAUGUAUAUGUCCUGUGCAAUCCUGUAAUGUCCUUUUUAAUGUGGUGCCUUGUGUGGUUUGAAUGUGUCUCCUAUGUACAAUCUCCGUCGCUGCAUUCCGCAGUGCUAUUAACGUAACUCCACACAGUACAAUGUAGUGAUAACAUGAAAACUGCAGUGUCAUGUUAAGAUCAUCUACCAUCACCGGUUGCGGGGUCAUUCGUGUCGACUCUUUGAAGUGCUGUAGCAGCCGCAGACGGUGCUUCUGUGUGUUUAACCGUCUCAUUUGAGUCUCAGAGCUAAGCGUCCCAAUACAUGAAGAACAAAUACUCAACAAGGGUCAUUUAAUAUAGAAUUAUAAACUGAUGACAAACAGGUUUUUACCUUGUUUGUCAAGAGCAACAAAUUAACGCAUGAUUUUAUUUACUAUAAAUCUGUCAUUUUGGACUGAUUUCGAAAGGGGCAGUUUGAGGAAAUUAGUUAUUUGUACUUAUUAUGCGUUAGAUGGAAUAUUUAGUUUUUUCAAGAUGCUUAGAAAAGGACUCUAAAAAUACCUUCAAAACAGCAGCAAGUGUUACUAAAUGUUCUUUUUGUUUUUGUUUAAACCGUCAUUGUUUAGAUAAAUAUUUUGUCCCGCUCAGUCGUGACUGACAUAACAGUAAAACAUGAGCAGCACCAGCCGGAGCUAGUGCUGUUGUGGGAAUCACACGUUUACAAUCACAAAUAUCACAAGUGAAAUUAAACUGACCUAUUAUCAAAAUCAGCGUAGAUGUUAUGUAGGUUUGUACAUGUUUCUGUUGAGGUGAUUCCCCUCCAGAAAUCAACCAUCUCAUAUUUCCUUGUCAAAACUAAAAUGUUGACCCUUCGGUAAGCGUCAGCUGUUUGUGUUUGUUAAAAUUGUCAUUGUGUUGUUCAUAUUUCUGUCAAUUGAUUUAUUUUCUUGGCAAAAAACAUUCACGAUCGUAAUGGCCUCUGGAGAUAAAUCGUACGUCAGUUUCUCACUUAGUCUUAAGUCAGGAUUAUGUAGUGAUCCGAAAAAAACAUUUUAUGUAUUAAGAUACAUUGGCUCAUAGACACAUAACCAAAGAACACUGUUUUAACAUCUCAAUGGUGUCUGUGGAAAGCUGACAUGGCUGAAAAGGGAUGUAGAACUGCAGGAUGUUGGACAGAACAUGUAUGCAGGGGUCAUUCGGCCACAAUAUACCAGUAUUAUGUCAUUAUUCCUAUUCGUUAGGGUUCAGGUUUAUCUCCAGAUUCUUCAUGGUGAAACAAUAGACGACGAGCUGCACAUAUCCGGGUACGUAUUUAUCACCGUCGGCUUGUUCACUUGGCCGUAGGAUUGCAGGAGAACAAGCCCAACAAGUGAUGAAUGGAUGCUCAUCCAAACUAUCUGCAUUCUUAAAACCACAAAGUGUUUCUGUUGAAUAUUCAUAAGAAAUAUGAAUUAUUAAUAAAGUUCAUCUUUGAUUUGU